GCCAUUGUUCGCGUCGUCUCUUUUUCUUUCCGGCAAACGUGUCUUCAGGACCUGUCUGUCGAGCAAAUUACAUCAACCAAUAAUGCCGAGAGAAAUCAAAGAGAUUAAGGACUUUCUUCUGAAGGCCAGGAGGAAAGAUGCAAAAUCUGUGAAAAUUAAGAAGAAUGCUGACAAUGUCAAAUUCAAAGUUCGCUGCUCCCGAUUUUUAUACACUCUUGUCAUCACCGAUAAGGAGAAGGCAGAAAAACUGAAGCAAUCUUUACCACCAGGUCUACAAGUAAAGGAAGUGAAGAGGAGCGAGCGUGUAUAAAAUGAAUAAACUAUCUUUUUAAACACUA